CUCAGAGUGUGUUGUUGGUGUGUGAUUGGUUCUCAUUGAGUUAGUGGGUUUCAUUAAUAAUUUUCACUGUUUAUUGGAUAGAUAUUUGGUUUUCACCCCAUGAUAGCCAUUCCAUUUACCAUUCCAUUUAUAAGUAACUAUUAUAGUAAAAGCUUCACCAUUGAAAUACAGUCUUCUCUGCACUUGAGUGUGCUGCCUUUCUUCUUCGUUUGGUUCUUCCUCAUCAGAUAAUUCAGUCCUGCAUCAAAGUUGUGGAAACACAGGUGGAUUUGCUCAGUCCACUGCCAUGUUCAAGGAUUGUGAAAUCUGUGGUCAGAUUCGACUGUGUUGCAACAUGUACGCGAUUGGGGAGUCAUGUAAAAUCUGGUGGUGUGAAGUUUGUGAUAACUUCUAUGCUCUUGAGUUUCUGCGUGGAGGUAUCCCGUGGGAUCAGCUGCCUCCGGCAGUACUUUCACCCUUCUAUGGAGCGCAUGAUCUCCGAUGGUAUAUUGGAGACAUGUUGGAAGCCUCUGGGGAGACCAAUGGGGAGAGCUCCGGGGAGACUAAUGGGGAGAGCUCCGGGGAGACCCCUGGGGAGCCCUCUGGGCUUAAUUACACUGUUGAGGGGAACGAGGUUGUUCUGAGGCGUUCUACACGCCCUAUCCUACUCAACCGAUUCUAUUUUGGAGGGGACUUUGUUGUUGACUAUGAAUUUGGUUGGCUCAGUCGUGUUUAAUUAUUUAUUGUAAUGUACUUUUUGGAUAUUGUGCACCUACGCUCUUAUAUAUCUUAGCUCCUCUGAUGUGCACCUAUCAUGUAUUUAGUCCAAAUUUAAAUAAGGAAAGGCAUUUCUGUCAUAAUGUCUUUUUUGGACAAAUAUUUUGUACUCUGGGAUGUGCACCUAUUAUCUUAGCUCCUCUAAUGUGCACCUAUAAUGUAAUGUAGUA